AUGCGGUUCGGUGCGGUUGCAAGCGCGCUGGGCCUGGCCAGCGCCACGGACCUGCCCUCUUGCGGCGGGUGGCAGCCCACGGGCCCGAUCGGCGGCCACUACAACACGAGCGCGGGUGUGUCGACGGAGAAGCUCAACGUGCACCUCGUGCCCCACACGCACGACGACCCGGGCUGGCUGUACACCGUCGACGAGUACUUUUCGCAGAACGUCGACUACAUCCUCGAUACGGUCGUCACCGAGCUGCUCAAGAACCCGGACCGGCGCUUCAUGUACGUGGAGCAGUCGUUCUUCCAGCGCUGGUGGCGCGAGCAGUCGCACGAGAUGAAGACGAUCGUCAAGAAACUCGUGAAAGAAGGGCGCUUGGACUUGUCAGUCAACGGCGGCUGGGUCAUGCACGACGAGGCGGCGGCCCACUACUCGGUCAUGAUCGACCAGACCGCGCUCGGCCACGGCUUCUUGGUCCACGAGUUUGGCGUCAAGCCGCGCAUCGGGUGGCAGAUCGAUCCGUUUGGCCACUCGUCGACGCAAGGCUCGCUCCUCUCGGCCGGCGUCAACUUUGACGCGCUCUACUUUGCGCGCAUCGACUACCAAGACUACGAGAAGCGCAAGGCGACCAAGGACUUUGAGUUCAUGUGGCAGCCGUCGCCGUCGCGCGUUUUCUUUGACGACUGCGCGCCGAUCAAGGACGACCCGGACCUCCACGACUUUAACGUGUGCGACAAGGUCCAGUACUUUGUCGAAAAGAGCCUCGAGCGCGCCAAGCACACCAAAGGCAACCAUAUCUUUUGGCCCAUGGGCAUGGACUUUUCGUACCAGAACAGCCUCAAGUGGUUCAAGAAUAUGGACAAGCUCAUCCACUACGCCAACCAGGACGGCCGCGUCAACGCCUUUUACUCGACCAUUGGCCACUACACGGACCUCAAGCUCGCCGACAAGUCGCUGCAGUGGACGACCAAGACGGACGACUUCUUCCCGUACGCCGACCAGACGUACGCCUACUGGUACGACGCCGCCUCUUCCCAUGUGCCAUCUCAGAGAUGGCGUAGGACGGGCUACUUUACGAGUCGUCCGGGCCUCAAGCGCUUUGCCCGCGUCGCCAACGGCAUCCUCCAGACGAUGCGCCAGCUCGAAGUGCACGCGACGACGUCGUCCAAGGUACUGUUGCACUUGACGGCGAGCGUCGGGCUGGUGCAGCACCACGACGGUAUCAGCGGCACGGAGAAGCAGCACGUCUCGAACGACUACGCCCAGCGGCUCUCGGAAGGCCUCGCGUCCGCCGAGACGCAGCUCAAUCAUCUCCUCGGCGCUUCGGAAUCGCCUUUUGCAACCUGUCUCUUGGCCAACGUGAGCCUCUGCGAACCUUCGACGUCGGCCUCCGAGACGUUCGAGGUCGUCGUGUACAACCCGCUGCCGUUCGCGCGUACGUUUGGCGUCUCGCUGCCGAUCGAUACGCCGGGCGCAGACGUUGCGCUGGCGGCAACCAACGCGCACGUUCCGUCGGCGGUCGUGCCCUACGUGCCCGUGCAUUUGGACGCCAAGGCCGCACCGCACACGCUGCUCUUGCAGGCCGACGUGCCGGCGCUGAGCCUUCAGCGCUUCCGCGUGACCAAGACCAAGCCGGCGGCGACGUCGACGGCGGCCGACAUCUCGAUCCUCGAGAACGACCACAUCAAGGCCACGUUGGACGUGACCAAGGGUAGUCUGGCGAGUCUUUUGGACAAGGCGACCCAGACGCAGGUGCGUAUGUCGACCAGAUUUGGCUACUACCAGUCGUACUGGAACGGCAACGACGUCAACUCGGGCGCGUACAUCUUCCGCCCCAACACGAGCACGCUCCAUGACUUUCCUUCCGUCUCGAGUCAUGGCUGUGACGUGGUGCCACUGCGCCAGUCGUGCUGGUUCCGCUUUGGCAGCAUGGGCGUCCUCAGCUACCAGCUCCGUCCGUGGGACACGUCGCUCGUGGUCGAGUGGACGGUGGGUCCGAUCCCGAUCGACGACCACCAAGGCAAGGAAGUGAUUCUGCGCUUCGACUCGAACGUGGCCUCGAACAAACGCUGGUACACGGACUCGAACGGGCUCGAGUACAUCGAGCGUGUGCGCGACUUUCGCGAAACGUGGAACCUCACGCUGCACAACGACGAGGAGCAUGUGGCUGCCAACUACGUGCCCAUCACGACCGGCGCCUACCUCCGUGACGACAAAGUGCAGCUCAACGUCCUCACGGACCGUGCCCAGGGCUGCGCGAGUCUCAAAGAUGGGCAAUUGGACGUGAUGGUGCACCGCCGCGUGCUCGGCGACGACCACCGCGGCGUCGACGAGGCGCUCAACGAGACGGAAACGAUCCAACUGGCCAACAACCAGCCGCGCAUCCAAGGCCUCACGGUCCGCGGUCAGUUUUAUCUGAGCGUUGGACCGCAUGAAGCGGCGAUCGAACGUCUGCGCACGACGACGUACGCGCAGUUCGUCCCGCCGCUCGUAGCCCUCCGCGCCGGCUCGGGUGGCUUUGUCGAGAUGAAGCCGGUCGGCGACCUCAAGUGGCCGGCCAACAUUGGUCUCACGGCGCUCCACUGGGCGCACCCGCACUGCCGCCUCGUGCGUCUGAGCCACCUCUUUGCCAUUCACGAGCACUCGGAGUGGUCCAAGCCGGCGUCUGUGGACCUGACGCAGCUCGUGCCUGGCGCAGAGCACGUCGUGGUCAAGGAGCUCACGCUCUCGGCGAACGCGGUCAAGGGCCCGUCGCCGACGACCGUGACGCUCCAACCCAUGGAGGUCAAGUCGUUUGAGCUCUGCGCGCAGGACAAGCGCGCCCCGGUGUACGACGAGGCCCUGUGGCCGCUCGCCGACGAAUUGGACUUUUGA